UGCAUAAAAAUUGCAGAAAAGUGCCAGUAUUUCCGCAAUGAGUGCAAUAAGUGUUGCGAUUCUGGAAGAAAUAGGUCUUGAGGGUCUCGAUGGGAUAACAUUUGAAGCCCUUUGGAGGCGGCUGGACAAAAGAGGCUGCUUCUACAAUCAUGAGAAUUUCUACACAAUGGCCUGGGCUCAUAUCAUCAAGCAGAACUUCAUCCAGUUCUACAAGCUCCCCGAGCCCAGGAAGAACAUCAAGAUCGUGGACAGGACAGAUGUGGAUGAUUUUGAGGCUGAGGGUCAGAGUGAGGAAUUUUACACGCUAAAAAAUGCCCAGAAAAUAAAUAAAAGGGGCGAAAUGGGGCUGUGUACGUUCUUUGUGGAGAGAACUGAAAUACCCCGGGAGAGUCUCUUGAAUCUGUCUUAUUGGGAGAUUGUCCAGACUUUUGGCAAUACCUUCAUCCUGGUGGCGAGUCAGACAUACCGUGAGUCUCUGCUGUUUCCAGCUCAUUUGGAAAAGCCCACGGAGAUGUCUGCCACGCUUUAUGGGAUGCUGGAAUUGAUUGGACGCUCGAGAUUCCGUGGAGAGACCACAAAUGGCUCAUCCACCUUGAUGAUGCACAUCAAGGACCACCAGAGAGUCUUCUACCUCAAGAAGAAACUCGUACGUCUGGGACUCUUGAUACAGCAACUGUACUGUCGUCAUGUUCCCUCCCAAGGGCUCAUGAAGACCUUCCUGCUCCAUCUGCCACGGUUCUACCGUGAGCACAAAUCCUCCUUCUGCAUUAGCGUGGAGAAGAUUGUGGGAUUUCUCAAAACCAGACCAAAUUAUCUUGCGUCUUAUGAUACACUGAAAGCCCUCCUGGACAGUGACAAUGUCCUGAUCACCAAGAAGCUCUUCAAGUCCAAGGAACUGGUGAGGUACGUGGAGACAGAUAUCAAAGUCCCCUAUCGGUAUUUGUACCCAGACGCCACAGAGGCUGAGUAUCUGCUGAAGAACAAACAGGAAAAAACUGUCAGAGUGAUGCAACUGAAGGAUCCCAACCUUGACAUCAGCACACUCUGGCUCAAGGAUGAUCAGGAGGGGGAGGAGGAGGGUUGUCCUCUGGCCGAGACCUCACAGAGACUCUUCAAUGUCCCAAUAACGCGGCAGGUUUACUGGGAAGUGGAGAAAAGUGGAGAGAAGGGCAUCUCGCAAACGGAAUUGGGGAAGAUUAUGCACUUGACCAAGCUUCAGUGUCGCGCUCUCAUCCGGAAUCUGCAGAAUCUGCGGCUCGUGAAGAUGUACACGGUGGAUCAAGGAAGGCAGAGGCUCAACAAGUACGUCCUUCCAAAAUAUCACACUGAUAUCCGCCAGAGGAUUGAACACGCUGAUGAUAACAGUGCAGAUGAACUAGUGACAGGAGAUGUCGAUGAGGUUGAACACGAAGUGUUGCCUCCAAACAAAGACACCAUCUAUCAUCAUCUCCUACAGAAUGUCGAUGAGAAAUCUGAAGAGAUUCAGACGGAUAUCCAAGAAAUGGAUCACAUGCAUCGUCAUGCGAAUCUAAAGUUCAAUAUCAAUCACCGAUCAAUUUCGAUCAAAAUGCUCGAUCGUAUUAGGAUGAUUGAUAAGAUGAUUCAAAAACAUAUUAUCUUCACCGAUCUUAACCAUAUAGUGACCAUUAUAGUGGAGAAGGAAAAGGUAAUGGGGCAGAGGGAGAGAAUUUGUCGAAAGACAAUUGAGAAGAUCUUAACAUUGCUGAGGACUCAGGGUAGAUUGAGAAUUUACAAGGUAACUCUGAAGUGGCACGAUAUGGUAAAGGUUCAAUGGUUUACAUGUCAUAAGUCUAUCGAUAUAAAUCAUCCGAUGCUCCAAGAGCACAUUGCCAAGGCUAAGGCACAGGUAAUGGUGCAGAGGCUGAGAAGAGAAUCAGCCAAGACAGAAGCUGCCAAUAGGAGUGAAGGAGAUUUCAGGAGGACUCGGACAACGCUCAAAGGGAACAAUAUUCCCAAGUUUGUUCGACUAAGACUCCUCCAUGAGUUUCUGUUUUAUCUCGUUCAUGAACUUCCCAUUGAAAGUAGUGUUAUGUGCAAGGAGGAAGUGCUGAGGGAAUGGAAAGAAACGUAUCCGUUCACCAAUGUUGUAAUACCGGACAAAAUGCCUCCGAUUUACAGCAAAGAAUAUGACUGGAGGAUGUUUAUUCCUCCUUUGACCAGAUACAGAGGUUAUCCGAGAGGUUGGGUGAAUUUUCAGGAUAUUCUAAUGCGUUUCCCCCUGACUCUGAUGGUCAAAAUGUUUCCCAAUUCCAUUGAAGAUCCUGUAAUUAAGGAAUACCUCGAUCAUCCGAUCAGGAAGAACUAUCUCUUGAAUCAACUCCCUGAGAGUGUUCGUUUGCAUUUGAUGCAUGUCAAAGUGUAUACAGCCUAUCUUCAUGAUUUUCUGAAGAAGCUCUGCUACAUGGGACUGUUGCAAAUGGGUUCUAUGGCAGGUAUAAAGCUCAUAACUAUGCACGUAUACGUCAACAAGAACGCUUCUGUAAUUGAUACGUCGUCAACAGCUCCGGGAUACACUCAUAUCGAAGACAAAAAGUAUCCCAUGACAAUCUAUCACUUUGAAACACUCAAUGACAUUGACAAGUACUGGGAGGAAUUGAUGAUGGUUUGCUUUGCUACGAGAUUGGGUUUCAGAAAGGCUAUCGAAGGUAGAGAAAUUGUUGUGGAGUUCGUUCACUCGAAACCUGCAAUGGUAGCAACGUUGGCUCCUCGAAAGCCCCUUGAGGCCAUUGAAAGGGAUACUGGAGAGAUUCCUGGAGAUCAUAUGGGAGCUGGAGGAUUGGAUACAGUAUUCCAUGCUCAUAUGAAGAGCAGUUGGAAGGGGAAGAUGAAACGCAAGGGAGGCGCAAAAGCACUUCCUCCCCUGAAGAAGAGUAUGGUUGUGAUUCCAAAGGCCAAGAAGGUAUCUUCGAUAACGAGACGUAGACCAAGUGUCAUCUCGUACAAGGCUAUGGUUCGAUCAAGGAGAGUUCCAAAAACUAAGUACACAAGAACCGUUACGAAGAAGAAAAAAGUAGAAAGGGGAAGGUCCGUCUUCUACGAUGAAAUCGACAAGAGAGCAAUUUCCAUGAUGAAAACUCUGAGAGUUUCGUGGACACCGGAGGAAGAUAAUGUUUUGCUGAUUUGUAGGAUCGCUCUGAUGUAUUUCGCGGAGAACAACCGAAAACUCUACGUCACUAGUCAUACAAUUCGAGACAUUCUUCACUUUUCUCUGCAUUCUCUGCAUAAAACGUCGAAAGCUUGCACUCGUCGGAUUAUUUACAUGUUGAAGGAUUCGGCAACAAAGACCAGCGUCGAGACAUGUCUUUGCGAAGUUCAACAAAAUGAAAUGAUCUCCAGGAAAUAUGGAGAGAACUUUGUUGAAAAUCUGAAAAAUUACUACCAUGAUGAUGAGUUGAUGUCUGCUAUGAAGCAUCAUUUCAUCAAUCUCGUCAUCAUACUCAACGGAAUGUUUCAUAGAUUGUCGUCCCAGGCCGGUUUCACGUCCAUCAGUCGCAUAAUUCCGAACACAUACGAAGAGUUCUGGGCAAAAUUCAGGGAAGCAAAUCCCAAAAAAUCCAAUUUGAGAUACUCAGAACCGUUAACGCAUGAAGACAUCGUCCUCAGUACGAUCUACCUUCUGUUUCACAGUUCAAUGUGCACGGCUAAAGAUAAGUCACCCUACAAUCUUCAGUUGUUUGAAGUAUACAAGAACUACUCCAAUGAAAUCCUAGCUACUGCUAUGGAAACCAUAAGGAAACAUCAGUUAAUCUCUUGUUGGAAGUCAGGUUCAAGGGCGACAGCGAAAAAAAUUGUUCCUCUGCAAGCUGGACCCUUCCAUCUGUCUCAACUCUAUCAGAAUCAGAUGCUGACACAUGUUCCCUAUCAGAUCUUCAAGGAGAUCAACAGUUUGGAGAAACAUCGGGCUAAUUGUUUGGAGUUAACUGAUGGCAUCAUGGGAGCUUGCUAUAUCUUCGGGGAACUCCUUCCUCUAGGAUACAUUGACGUCAGCAUUGAACUUCCGAAAAAACUCCUGAUUUUCAGUACGAAUCUUCCCGUGGAUUCCCCAUACGAGAGGAUCACUGCUCGCUUUCACAGUAUCAUGAGCAAUGUGGCAAGCGUUGAGAUCGGAGAUAGUCUUCCUGAUCAACAGAAAUCUAAGAAGAAGGUAGCUUUCGCACCCGACAACGACACCUUCAUCUUCAGGCAGUUCUCAAGUGAACUCUGGAUGAAGUUUCAAAGUCCUCAUAGUCAUCUGUUCUGCUUCCUGAGGCAUUCGAAGCAAGGAGGAACCGUUGAUACUAUUCCAGAGGCUUCCUUCGACGAAAUUUGUUCGUUCGAAUGCCUCUUUAUCGAUGAGAAUCACAAGGACUUUGUUGAAUGGAUCGACGAUAUCACUCAAGGAGAUUUCAACGACCUCGAGAAGUCCCUAGAAACAUUCACCGAAAUGACAGAUAAACUCGAUCGCCGAGAUAUCAAGGACCUAGGAAGGAUCAAAUGUAGACGAAUGAAUGUCAACCUUAAGGAAAUCCUGAGAGAUCUCAUUGAAGAAGCUUCGGAGGAUCUGUCAAAGUGGUUGACACAAUUUUAUCAAACAGAUGGAGAUGAUGACAAUGAGGAUUCCAUUCCAAACACUUGGCAAAUUCGUAGAGAUCUCGGGCAGAACUCCAACAUUGACGACUUUUCGGAGAAAACCAAAAGAUUCGACAACUACCUGACUCUGAAAGAAGUCAAACUCAGCUUUAUGAUCAAGCCCAACGCUCCCGGGAUCAUGGAAGAUUCGGCAAGGGAAGUGAUCUUGGAUAAAGUUCGCCAGAGGAGUUUCCUCAAGAACCCCACGAAAUCUGUCGAUGAGGUCCUAGCAUCGUUUGAAGGAGGUCUUGGAAAAACAGCAAGACGCGUUCUGGAUGCCAUUAUUGAGUGUCAGGAGUUUGGAACUUCAUUCGGAGCUCUAGAACGUCGCUUCGGAGAAUGUCGCGUUGGGAUCUUGAUCAAAAUUAUCCAAGUCUUUCUGCAAGAGUUCAUAGUUUCGCUAAUGGGAAUCGUUGACUAUAGCUUGGUUUUCUGGAAGUAUACACAUCCCUGGGUCAUUAAGUCCUUCCAUCUAACCCGUCUCGAGAGGGAGGCUGAAGGACCAACAACAGCGAAAGUGAUGUACGUCAAUACUCCUUCCACAUCAAAGGAUAUCGGUGAACCUCCAGCAAAACGAGCUAGGACAGAAAAGAGAACAGCUAGUAUUUCCGUUCGAAGUGAAGAAGAACUCAAGGCUCCGUCUAAGCGAAAAGAGCGUGAAAUCAUUUUCUUAAGGCCUUUUCCUUGGAUCAGAGUCAAUGGCACCCUGAAUCGUCGGGUACUGGACAAGUGGAUGGGGAUUCUGCUGAUUCACCUGUCAAAAACGCCAGGGAUCAGCAUGACCCACUUAGCAGAGCACUUCAACUACGUUCAUCCGACACAGCUUAAGCUACUUGUGGAAAUUCUCGAGGACAUGCAAUGUGUGAAGCUUUACACACUGAAAGUUCCGAAAUGCACUCUACGAAGUACUUUCCGGUCUCCGGAAAUUGAAAAUUCACACAAAUUAGCUCCAUUCGAUCGUACAAUGAUUGAGAUCCUCCCAUGCGCCUUCACGCACUUUGCAGCUUUCAUCGGCGACCGGAAGUACACAAUGGACUUCAUUUAGAGCCAAAAGAAUUGUCCCAAGAAUCUUCCCACCUUCCCCCUCCCCCUUUUUACUCUUUCUUUGGAUUACUAUCAGACGGAUCUAGGACGAUUAUGCACUCAUCCGAGUCUUCAGGAACAGCCUCCUCUUCGUCAACCUUUCCAGGCGGAUCCUUGUGCCCAUCAUCCGAAUUCCCUGUACUCGAUGACGAUUCGCCUAAACUCGUGUCUUUUGCCUCAACUUGCUGCUCCUGCCGCGAACUGCCCGGACUUGUAGUUCCGGAAGCACCUUCCGGAUCACCCAACUUCACCUUCGCCUCAGACUCCUGCCUCUUUGCAAAACUACGCACAGAAACAUUUUUAUUUUCUUGUUACCCAUUGAAAAAAAAUCCAGAAAUGUUUAAUAAAUUUUUUACUUACCUGUC